UUUCUAGUGUGAUGCAAUUUCUCCUUUGAACUAAUUUUUCCGAUUCAAAAUAUCAUAAUAAGUCCCAUUUGUAUGURGUAUUUUUUCACUGGAUCAUUCUUUGGAUAUCUAAGUCUACUCCAGAAAGAUCAAAAGUGAUUUUACGAUGUGUAACAUUGAAGAAGAUGAUCUGCCAUUACAACGUCCUCCACGUGGAAAGGUUGACAAAGAUGGACGAACUUGUAUGAAAUGUUUAAAAGCUCAAGCAGUUGUYGUAGUUCGACUUAACGACCCGCUGUGUGAGGCCUGUUUUAUGACUUACUUCGUGCACAAAUUUAGAGCCACGAUUGGGAAAGCCCGGGUAAUUCGUCACGAAGAAAAAGUCUUAUUGGCAAUCUCUGGUGGGCCUUGCUCUAUGGCCAUGUUGAGGUUAGUCUAUGAAGGACUGAGUGGAAAAACAGCUAAGAAGUUCAGGUUUAAACCUGGUGUUUUAUUCAUUGAUGAGGGAGCCUUACUUGACUUAGAUGAGCAAGAAAGAGCAAAGAUCAAGCGAGAGGUUUCAGAGUUUGUUGCUAAGAAUGGUGCCUUUGACUUUUAUCAGGCGAAUUUAGAGGAUAUUUUCCAAGAGAAGUUUGCAGCAACUGAAAAUGAAAAAGAAUCUUGUUCUACCAGUUCAAAGCUUAAAAGCUGUUUUAAUUCUCUUGCAUCGUUAACAGCCAAAGAAGAUCUCCUCAGAUCUUUAAGACUCCAGUUAUUAAUUAAAGUAGCAAUGAGGGAAGGCUAUCUAAAAGUUAUGGUAGGUGACUGUGCAUCAAGAAUUUCAGUAAGGAUUCUCUCUGAUAUAUCACAAGGAAGAGGAGAGGCUUUACCCUUUGAUACUGGAUUUGUGGACAGUCGCCAUGGAAACUUAAUYGUUUUGAGACCUAUGCGAGAGUUUGUAGCUAAGGAGAUUUCACUUUUCAAUUUCUUUCAAGGUAUAGACACCAUUAGUGUUCCAACGUUAGCGACAAAGUCGGACUGUUAUGCUAGUAUCGAUAGGCUAACAGAGGAAUUUGUUGGUGGGUUACAAGCACAAUUUCCAUUCACAGUUAAUACUAUCUUUAGAACUGGCGAUAAACUUACCCUUAAAGACAACUAUCAGUCCGCUUAUCACUGUUCGUUGUGUGGGGUGCCUUUAGCUCAGCUGGAUGAAGACAGUCUCACUAAUGAAGUUGAUAAACUCCAUCUGGAAGAAAACUGCCAAGGAAAUGUUGCAAAAGAUAGAGAAAUGGCUGCCAAAGGUUAUGAAGGUGUUKGCAAUUGUAUCAGAUCUCAGAAGUGUGUACAUGAUUCAGCAAAGAAAACGAGUACAGAAAGUGAUAGGAUAAUGGGAGAGCUUUGCUAUGGCUGCCAUCUCACUUUGAAGGAUAUGAAGGAUGGACUUGAUGUUCUACCAUCAUUCGUUACUGAAUCAACGACUAAGCACAUGAAUGAAGAAGAAAURAAAGAGCAGAUUAAUGAAUUUCUUCUUGAAAACUAACAGCAUCAUAAGAAUACCUGUUUAUCCAAAAUUCUUGAACAUUUGUAAAAUCCUUGAAGAUGGCUGUCCCAGGGACAUUAGUAGGAAGAUUUAGCCUGGCUGCAAAUAGCUAGUGUGUGUUACUUAGAGGUUUUGCACCAUCACAUGCCGGUGGCCAUGUUCUGUAAGAUAAGAUGGCAGAACAAUAAAAUCCCUUAGCACUCAGAAA